AGACGAGCACCUACGUCCAGCGUUCCGUAGUAGGAGGAAUUCGCUCAGGGAAUUAAUAGGUGUCUCUGUAAAAAGGCAGGUUUCGACCGGAGUAACACUGGUACACGCGUGAUGUUUUAUUGGACUAUAACACGAUGCUGAUACGAGAAGAAUUGGCAUUUUAAAACUAUUCUUUGCGCAACUGUCGGGAUUUCAGUGUGCAACUCUUGAAAACGGACACCGAUAUCCUGCUAGUAUCACUGAUGACAAAUAUCCACGAUAAACGCGGGGUAGUUUUGAGAACAUUCACCGAGCUCCAUUGGUUCCAUCGGUCACCAAAUGCAGAGUGGACUACUCUCUCGUGGCCGUCUUUGAGUGUCUUAGGCAUCUCUCACAGCCCGUGAUCAGAAAGUGGGGGUUGUUGGAUUAUACGAACAUUUAAACAUCCCUUAUAUCCUUCGACUUUCCAAUUCAUUCGGGCUUGGUAUAUGGAGAUAAACCCCUGGACUAAAGGUGAAGUUUCUGGACUGAAGAGCUGAGAGAGUUGGAGCGUUUAGGAUUUUACUCCCUCCUUUACGGGGCUAUUUUCAUGUCCGAGGUCUCUUAUUUAUGACAAUGGAUUAUAUGAUGUUUUUAUGCAGCUUUCUGCUGCCCCUCUCAUCGGCUGUGGAAGAAACACUGAUGGACACCAAAUGGGCCACUACAGAGCUGGCCUGGACUGCGCAUCCUGAGACAGGGUGGGAAGAAGUCAGUGGUUAUGAUGACGCGAUGAACCCUAUCCGAACAUACCAGGUGUGUAAUGUUCGAGAGCUGAACCAGAAUAACUGGCUGCGCAGUGACUUCGUUCCCCGUAAGGACGUUCUGCGCGUGUACGUGGAGAUGAAAUUCACCGUGCGUGACUGCAACAGCAUCCCCAACAUCCCCGGCUCUUGCAAAGAGACCUUCAACCUCUUCUACUACGAGGCUGACUCUGACUCAGCCACCGCCACCAGUCCUUUCUGGAUGGAGAACCCCUACGUGAAGGUGGACACCAUCGCCCCGGACGAGAGCUUUUCCAUGCUGGAAUCGGGUCGGGUCAACACCAAGAUACGGAGCUUCGGCCCUCUCUCCAAGGCCGGCUUCUACCUGGCCUUCCAGGACCUCGGCGCCUGCAUGUCGCUCAUCUCCGUGCGGGUCUUCUAUAAGAAAUGCUCCACCUCCAUUGCUAACUUUGCCGUCUUCCCCGAGACGGCUACGGGUGCAGAGGCCACGUCACUGGUCAUUGCCCCGGGCAGCUGCGUGCCCAACGCGGUGGAAGUGUCCGUCCCUCUGAAGCUGUACUGCAACGGGGAUGGAGAGUGGAUGGUUCCUGUGGGUUCCUGCACCUGCAUGGCUGGCUUCGAGCCCGCCAUUAAGGACACACAGUGCCAAGCUUGCAGUCCAGGGAAGUUUAAGUCCAAGCAGGGAGAGGAAGCCUGCUCACUCUGCCCACCCAAAAGCCGUGCCACCUCCACUGCCUCCAGCAUGUGCCAGUGCUGGAACGGCUACUACCGCGCUGACAGCGACUCCCCGGACACACCCUGCACCACCAUUCCGUCGCCCCCGCGGAGUGUCAUCUCCAAUGUGAAUGAGACCUCACUGGUGCUGGAGUGGAGCGAGCCGAAGGACCUGGGCGGCCGUGACGAUCUGCUUUACAACGUCAUCUGUAAGAAGUGUCUGCCCGAGCGCGGCACGUGCACGCGUUGCGAUGACAACGUGGACAUUUCGCCGCGCCACCUGGGGCUGAUUGAGAGGCGCGUGGCCGUGAGGAACCUUCAGGCCCACACGCAGUACAGCUUCGAGAUCCAGGCAGUGAACGGCGUUUCCAACAAGAGCCCCUACUCGCCACAAUACGCGGCUGUCAACAUCACCACCAACCAGGCUGCUCCAUCUGCAGUUCCGACUGUCCACCUGAUGGCGGCGUCAGCGAGCACCAUGAGCCUCUCCUGGCUGCCUCCUGAGAAACCUAACGGCAUCAUCCUGGAUUAUGAGAUUAAAUACCAUGAGAAGGACCAGGGUGAGGCUAUUGCUCACACCAUGACAGCUCAGCGGAGCUCAGCGCGGAUCGAGGGCCUGAAGGCUGGCACGGCGUAUGUGGUGCAGGUGCGCGCCCGCACCGUGGCUGGAUACGGGCGCUACAGCAGCCCCACUGACUUCAGCACCAACCACCAGACCGACCCAGAGAAAUCGCUCCAGGAGCAGCUGCCCUUGAUUGUGGGCUCAGCCACUGCCGGUCUGGUCUUCAUCAUCGCUGUGGUGGUCAUCGCUAUCGUUUGCCUCAGGAAGCAACGAAAUGGCUCUGAGUCAGAAUACACAGAGAAACUUCAGCAAUACAAAUCCCCUAUAGUAACUCCAGGGACAAAGGUCUACAUUGACCCCUUCACCUAUGAGGACCCCAACGAGGCCGUGCGAGAGUUCGCUAAAGAAAUCGACAUCUCGUGUGUGAAGAUCGAGGAGGUCAUCGGCGCAGGUAACCAACAGCCUGAGCUCCUGAGCGUGCGGGGGAGGCGCGUGCGCCUCAAUCAGGCCAUACCCCUGGAGGACUUCACUCCACGCGGGGAGUUUGGGGAGGUGUGUCGUGGACGUCUCAAACUCCCAGGUCGGAGAGAGAUCAUCGUGGCCAUUAAAACACUGAAGGUGGGCUACACAGAACGCCAGAGGCGGGACUUCCUGAGUGAGGCCAGCAUCAUGGGCCAAUUUGACCACCCUAACAUCAUCCGCCUAGAGGGCGUCGUCACCAAAAGCCGGCCAGUCAUGAUCGUCACUGAGUUCAUGGAGAACGGCGCGCUAGACUCCUUCCUCCGACUGAAUGAUGGGCAGUUCACGGUGAUCCAGCUGGUGGGCAUGCUCAGAGGUAUUGCAGCGGGCAUGAAAUACCUGUCCGACAUGAACUACGUGCACCGGGACCUAGCAGCCCGUAACAUCCUGGUCAACAGUAACCUGGUGUGCAAGGUGUCCGACUUCGGCCUGUCUCGCUUCCUGGAGGAUGACCCCUCAGACCCUACCUACACCAGCUCACUGGGAGGAAAGAUCCCAAUUCGCUGGACUGCCCCGGAGGCCAUCGCUUACAGGAAGUUCACCUCCGCCAGUGACGUGUGGAGUUAUGGCAUUGUCAUGUGGGAAGUGAUGUCAUAUGGAGAGCGACCAUACUGGGACAUGAGCAACCAAGAUGUGAUUAAUGCGGUGGAGCAGGACUACAGGUUGCCUCCACCCAUGGACUGCCCCACUGCCUUGCACCAGCUCAUGCUGGACUGCUGGGUGAAGGAACGCAACCUACGGCCUAAGUUCUCCCAGAUCGUCAACACGCUGGACAAGCUCAUCCGCAACGCAGCCAGCCUCAAGGUGGUGACCAACACGCAGUCCGGGGCCUCCCAGCCCCUGCUGGACCGCAGUGUCCCUGACUACAGCACAUUCACCACUGUGGGAGACUGGCUGGAUGCCAUCAAGAUGAGUCGCUAUCGAGACAACUUCUUGAACGCUGGAUUCGCCUCCUUUGACCUGGUGGCCCAGAUGACAGCAGAGGAUCUGCUACGGAUAGGUGUAACACUGGCCGGCCAUCAGAAGAAGAUUCUGGGCAGCAUUCAGGACAUGAGACUGCAACUGAACCAAACACUGCCUGUCCAGGUCUAAGACAGGAAGAGGAGCGACUAUGCCAGAGAGAGCCAAUGGGAAACCCCAGCUGCCUGACCAUCUUGCCAAUCAGAUAAAACUGGCUUGCAGUGCCUCAGACAACUUUUUUCUUUUCCAUUUUCCUGUUUUUCUCUUAUGACUGCAUUUUUUUUCCACCUGGCAAAGACAUUUAUUACAAUUAUUUUGUACAUUUUUUAAACAAAAAAGGAGAUAAAAGCCCCAUAGCCCAUGCCUGCUUCUCCCAGCCUAGCUGUGAGGGGCAGUAUGCAUGUGUGCGUGAGCGUUUUCCUUCUUUCGUGUGGUUGGCUGGGAUGUGCCCCAUUUUCAGAGCCUUGUCACUUCCUCCCAUGAAAUCCUUCUCACUGGAGCUGAGAAUCAGACUUCCUUUGAAUCUCAGAGGUGAUGAACUCCACUGUCUUUAUCCAGAAACUCUAAACACACAAAACACGAGGGCUGGAGAAAACAGAGAUGAGAAGUCCAUCCAAUGUUAGGAAUUGUUAUAUUAUGUGUGUAUAUGAGUGUGUGUGUAUGUGUGUAUGUGUGUGUGUGUGUGUGUGUGUGUGUGUGUGUGUGUGUGUUCUCCAUCUUCAUAUUGAAGGUGUUUUACUUAAAGGGCACAUGCCUGAGAAGGACUAGUAGGAGGGCCACUGGCCAGGUGAAAGGUCACGGAACAGCACGAUUGAGGAUGGAAUUGUCCCUGGCGUGUUUACUGCCUCACUUGGACUGGUGAAAACAGGUGUUGCGGAUACGGGAUGGUUUCACCGUUUAUGGAAUAAUCAUCCACUGUCGGGAUUAUCCGCUGGUUUCUCACAAUUUCAUUUCCUGUUCGGUUGUUUUUCUCCACCUGACGAACAGACAUCCUCGGUAUCAUCCUGAAAUAUGGCUGGUCAUCCUGAUUGUAUGAUGGUUGGGGCAAAGACAACACAUCCCAUCUGGACUGGCCUACUCAAUAAUGAGAGUGUAUGUGAUUUUUGUGUGGGACUGAAAGUGUGUAUUAGUGUAUGAGGUUAGGAAUUCUGCACACGAUUACUGUACAAUACUGCUUUAGCUGCUCCACACUGGUGAGGAAACCGCAUGAACCGAAUUGUGAUAAGGAGCAAUUAUAUUUCAAUCAGCUGUAAUCUGUGGACAAUUAUUAACACUUUUUUAAGGAAUCACACUUUUUUAAAUAAAUAUGAUAUAUGCAUAUGUAUUAUUGAUAUUAUAUAUGCAUAUAUUAUAAUUAUAUGUGCAUGUAUAUUAUAAAUAUUAUAUAUGCAUAUAUAGUAUACGUGCAUUAUUCAGAGACUUGAGAGUGAGCUAAUCCAAACCCACGCUUCUUAUUUCUUUAUCUGCUUUCAUCUUACAUGGAUUUCCAGUUAUGCAGUGCCAGGUUUAAUCUCUGUACAAACACCUUCUAUUUAUUUGCCCUUGCACAGAACAUGAGGACUGACUAUCUACAAGGAGCAAGCAAACCAAUAUAAUGAUCUCAUAAGAAUUCCAUAUUGUAUAUGUUGUUGUUCUAAACAGCCUGUUCAUGUUUUGUAACCAAAAAAAGUAUGAUAAAACUAUGUGAAACAAAAAGAAAAAGUGUUUAAGGAAGUUGAGAACGUUGUUGGUAAUGUCCGCGGUGGAAAUAAGGUCACUGUUGCUAGCUGCUGGAAUUUGCAGUGAAGAGGCACUAUCACAGCCAAAAGUGAACGUGCACUUCCUGAUGCUGGUCUCCACGCACCUCCUGGUGCUGGUCUCCAUACACCUCCUGGUGCUGGUGUCCAUGUCCCUCCUCAUGCUGGAUCUUUCCAACCUAUACAUCUGGGAACUUUUCAGAGUCUUGCUCCAAUAGCAAAGGGACCCAUCCAGAACCACAAUCUUAAACACAGGUGUCCCACACCCAAAAGUUAUUAUCUUAUAUUCAGUUUUGUUUAAUACUGAGGCCUUUCUAUCUGUGUUUAGUCUUUGACUGCUUCCCUCAUGCGUAUAAAACUGUUAUAGUGUGAUGUGGCCUCUAUUUUCCGUCUUCCAUGUACUUUAAUCGCAUGCAGCAUUCUGCCAGCAUUCCCAACCACUCCUCCAUAUCCUCUGAGCAUCUGCUGAAGUUUUAACAAUACCAUCAAAGCUCUUCACUUUUUAUGCUAAGGUUAAUAAACCCUUCCAGCACAGCUAAAAGAACUGUAACCUAAAAGAACUGUAACUGUAAUGUUUUCUCAGAUGGAGCUGAAUCAGGGCACUCAGUACAUAGACCCAGUGCAGUGCGGGGGUUCAGGACGCUCAGUACAUAGACCCAGUGCAGUGUGGGGAUUCAGGAUGCUCAGUACAUACACCCAGCUCAGUGUGGGGGUUCAGAAUGCUCAGUAUAUUGACCCAGCGCAGUGUGGGGGUUCAGGACGCUCAGUACAUGGACCCAGCUCAGAACAUAGAUCCAGUGUGGAGGUUUGGCACAAUGUGUUGGCACAGGAGGGUGAAUGGCUUGAACUAUGCCCCACAGGGGGUUGGCAGGUGGGUAUUUGGCCAGAAGAGGUGAGCAUGUCUCUCCCCCCAGGCCUCGGGGUGAGUGGAGGGAGAGGUGACCACAUCUCUUUCCCCAGGCUCGGGGUGAAGCCUUUGUAGGCCUCUGCAGAAGCAAUAAUCAUUUCCUCUGUAGAGCUCACAGCUUCCCGUGCAAAGGGCUAAGAGAUAGAAGAUAACCACCAGGAGCGCUCCUACAGUUCAUGAGAUUGUUGCGAUUCAGUACAGCGACUGGACACGUUUCCCACAGCACAGCAAACAGGGCCUCUUAAAUGGCAGAUUGCAAAAGCAAACAGACGGUCAUUUUUGAGGCUGUUUAUGACCUAAGAAAUCAGUGAGAAAAUUACUUAUCAUUGUUUAAAAUCAAGUAACCUGAUAACAUGUAUAAUAGUAAUUAGUUAAUAGUGUGAAACUAGUGUUUUCUGUUAACACUCUAUAUGUCUUGGCUCAUUGAUCUUUAACAAACCAAGAAGCCUUUUGGUAAAGUAAACAUUGCAAGUUUGACUUA